UAUCAGAUACUUUAGCGUUAGUUUCCAAUGCGUUUAAACGCGUUAAAUUUUUAAAUUUGAAAAAAUUAAAAAUUAAAUUCAGAAUCGAGCUAACAUGUACAGAGAGUCUUCAUGCUCUCGCACGGCCUAUCUUAAAGUCAAGGUUCACAAGUUAAGGAAGAUUUUUUGUCUUUUACGUUUUUCAUAAUGGAAUUAGAAUAUAGCCUUGAAUUUAACUGUAAAAAACGACGACAUAUAUAUAUAUGUGCAGAGAACUAGUUUUAUUAUUAAUGCCCAAAAAAAAGAAAAUGUACAAUUACAACAGAAGAAAAAACAGAAGAACGUUAAAUUAAGUUACGUUGUUUUAUCACAUACUACUGAAUUACUCACUCACUUACUAUUUAUAACGUACUUAUCGAGUUCGCGUUGAUAUUAUUGACAAUGUGUACAAUCCAAAUAAAUAGAUGUAGAGACGAGCAGAUAAAUGUUUUUUUUCCUUUGCUCGAGUCGAGAAAUAAAUAAUGAUGAAAAAAAACUACAACCUAGUAGGCAAAAAGAAGUGUUAGAGUUUCGAAAAUCAAAAAUCUUGAUGAAUGAAAAAAAAGAAGAUAUGCUUGCAUUUAAACUAAAUUUGAAGUUAAAUGUUAGAAUACUACACGAGUUGAGAUAUGCAAUCUGCACCCGAUUUGAAUUGGUUUAGCAAAAUUUAACCCGAAUUUAUCAAAAUUUAGAAGAAAAAUUCCAUUGCUCUUUUGAGAAAGUACUAUUUGUUGUAUUGUGCAGAAAAAACGAUGAAAUGAGCAAGGGUAGUUCACAUGGUCAGCAUGAAAAGCUUAUCAAGGAAUCUUCAUCGUUCGACAUUGGAUACUUCAGAACCAUUCAACCCGAUUACUUGAGUUUCUUUUCUCGAAUCCAUCCGAUCUCAGGAUCGAAUGUCAUAUCUCAAACGUACGUCGUCCUUUGAAAUAUUUGUACCGUCUAAAAUUAUGUGUAUUAACAUCUUUCAAUCACCCAAAAGAACGGUUCUAUAAGAAGUUUUAGUCAGAAACUAGUGUCGUGGAUCAGUUUUUCAUGGAUCCUCCCUCAUUCACGAAAUUUCUGGUUAGGAAAGACUAAAUAUUGAUUUCAAUACUUUGGUCCAUUUUAUCAAAAAGCAAAUGUUGUUUAUCAUUUGGAUUCUGGUUUUAAUAAGCACCUUUCUCCCUUUGACAAAGCCAUAACUGGAAAAUUAUAAUUUCAGUUGCACACGCUUCUAUAUACAGCCAAAUGCCCACUUCAAAUGAGAUUCAAUUCAACAUUUAUCACGAUCCCCGUAAAUGGGAAGCAAAUUACCACAUUAUUGAAUACUGUGGCAACAAAUUCCAUCGUCAGUCGAUCAACAUUAUUACAACUUUCUCGUGCAUCAAUUCAAAGAAAUAGUUAUCGAUGUCAGUUAGCCAACAACACAAAUAUGCAUUUCAUUGGUGAGGUGGCAUCAACAGUUAAAAUUCAACAGAUAACCGUUGUUAUUAGCACUCGACGUGGUACAGCAGCAGUGCCAAUUGGCACUGCUGCUGUAUCUUUAUCAGUUGGCACUGCCAACUGAUAAAGAUGUUGAAAAAAUAGCAUUUGAUGUUAAAUUAGUUUAUUCAGUUACGGUGGGUCCACUCCAAGAAUGUGAUAUUGAUGUAAAAGCACCAUUUUCAACCGCGGACCCAGUUAUAUUUUAUCCGAAACAACAGUUACAACAAAACAAACUUGUAUUAGUGCCUCAUGCUUUAUUAAAUAUUAGACAUUACAAAUCCACAUUAACGAUGAUUAAUUCAAGUAAUUAUCCAACAGUUGUUUCGAGAAAUACAAGAUUAGGUGUUAUUACGUAUGCAAAUCCAAAUAUUCAAUGUUUUGUAUUAGCUCCAAAACCAUCAUUCAAUAGUCAACAGCCAUCUAACGCUCAACAAUUGUCAUCCAAUGUUCAAACGAUCUUUAAACGUCAAAUGACACGGACCUCACUAUUAAGAAUUUAA